GUCGCGUUCAAACGUGCUGCGGUUUAAUUCUCUAAUUUCAAAUUCAGUUUUUUAGCUAAAAAACAAAAUAAGAUAAACAACAAUAAUAACAAAUUAUUAUAAAUAAAAUAAUGAUAGAUAUAAAUAUAGAAACAAAUGCUAGUUGACAUAUGUUUCUUACGCUAAACUCAAUUACGUUCCGUUGCGUUCCGUUACGUUUUGCGUUAACCGGCGUUUUCUGCGCAUGCGUGCAUUGCGUGCACUGCAACUUGGUGUCUGUGUUGGUGCGACGCUUUAAAUGGCGUUUUAAGUGAAAUUAAAAUGACGGAUGUGCUGUAAUUUGCACACUCACGAUCGCUCGCUCAAUAAAUACAACAAAAACAACGAAUGAAAAAAAAAAAAAGAAUCCAGAGGAAUAAAUAAUAACAACACACGCUGUUUUAGUAGGGGCGUUGUAUAUUGUUGUGUAUUUGUAGCAUGUGCCUUAGUUGAUCGAAUUAAGUGCGAGUUUUAUAGCGCCCGCGGGACCGGGAACUGCAAUUGACUGCCGGCCGACUGGGCAACCGGAAAUGCAAGCCCCCACCCCUCCUCUCCACCCCUCCAACGACAGCAACAACAAACAACAGCAACAAGUGUAACACCCCCGCCCAGGAAACGGCGGCAAUAAGUGCUAAUAAGUGAGCCACAGACUAUAACUAAAACCGGAUGCAGGGCCUCUAUCAUGCUUAGGCGGCUCAUAAUAUAUUUGCCUAAGUAACUUCGUCACGCACUGCGCGCGCGUUGCAUUCGUUACCCCACAAAAAUGCGGCUUUUGCUUCUGCUACGGUGGCCCCCCUCCCACAAAAGGGUCGCCCCCGCCCGCCGCCACCAAAACGCAAGUUAAAAAAAAAAAUACGAGUAAAAAACAAGCAACAGAAAAUACAAAAAUAAAUAAUACAAAGAAGCGGAGAAGAAGAGAAAAAAAAAGAGGGGCAACAAAAACCCAAGGUGCGUUGCACUCGUUUUGUCAUUGAUUCCGCGGAUGCGAAAUAGCAUGCGGCAGUUGCAAAAAAGAAGAAAAAACAGGCAACAGCUGCUGCGACAAAAGCCAGGCCAAAAGCAAAAGCCAAAACCAAAACAGCGAUUAUUUCAAGCAUCCGCCUCCGCUUUACCGCCCCCCAUCCCCCGCAACACACCCUCCGCCCCUGCCAGCGGAAAAACCCUUGCUGCCUGUCUUUUGUAACGUGGCCAGAACGUUGCCGGGCAAUUAUUAUUUUGUAAGACGUUUUACAAUUUAAUGGUUUUCAUGAAUGGACUUGGAUCCGACCCUCUGUCAGCAAAGGAGGCAGAGGGCCCUCCGGUUCAGGUUGAACCAGUUGAUUUGAGCUUACGAUCGCCGCGCGCGAGCACCUCGCAUGGCGGCUCCACCAGCUGCAAAUCCUCGUCGGCCACCAAGGCAGCUGGCUACAGCAAUGGCAAGCAGAGUGGAUCAUCCGGCUCAUCCUCGUCCUCCAACUUUGGAGCGGGCUCAGCUGGAUCCUCGUCGUUGGGGGCCUUUGCCCGCCAGCAGCAGCAGCAACAUCAGCAGCAGCAGCAGCUGCAGCAGCAGCAGCAACAACUCUAUGCCUCCGGUGUGUCCAAGUUGCCAUUCUCGCCGUUCUUCGCGGCCUCGCCAUUCUUUUUCACCUAUCGAAGGAUCAGCGGAAGCGGAAGUGGUGGCAAGCAGGAGGACAACAACAACAGCUGCAGCUACAACAACGGAAGCAGUAGUGGUUCGGCCACAGGAUCUGCGGGGAGCAGCAUGCAGGACUACGACCGCAAGUUCUCGCUGCUGAGCCUGUUCAAGAAUCCCUACAAAUUCGGAGAUGGUCAGGCCACCAGGAAGUCCUCGCCCACGGGAGGAUCCAGCAAAUCCCUGGCUGGAUCGAGUUGCUCCAACUCCUCGCCCAGCUGGAAGAGCUAUGCAGGGUCGGGUUCACCCCAUGCCGCCCUAAAUCCCGCCUUCGGGGGCAUGGCUUUGGGGGCAACGCGCAAGGACAGCAGCAGCUUCAGUGGGAUUAACUUUGGGGGCGGCGGCGGUGGCGCCUCCGCCUUCGGGCGCUCCUCCUCCUCCGAUUCCACGGCCAACGGCGGCUACAAUGAUCUCUCCAAGAACCGCAAGGUACACAAGUGCGACACCGAAGGAUGCGACAAGGUCUACACCAAGAGUUCGCACCUCAAGGCGCACAAAAGAACGCACACAGGUGAGAAGCCGUACGUGUGCACGUGGGAGGGCUGCAUCUGGCGCUUCGCCCGGUCGGACGAGCUGACCCGGCACUACCGGAAGCACACGGGCGUGAAGCCCUUCCGGUGCCAGCUGUGCACCCGGAGCUUCAGCCGCUCGGACCACCUGUCGCUGCACAUGCGCCGCCACUGAGGAUUGGAACUGCCCAUCUGGCCCCGGCCAUACACACUCGUACUCGUACUCGUACUCACAUAUCCGAGAAUACUCAUCUGAGAUGCUGCGGGGAGCAGCUCUUGAUUAUUUAUAUGCACUCGAACCACUUCCAUUGAUCAUUCUUACUGAGACCAGAUAUUCCAUAUCGCUUAAGUAGCUCAAUUUAGACCGUAAGCGGGCUCAAAGCCCAACUUAGAUGUAGUUCAACUAUAGUUAUAGGGCCGAAAGAUUUGUAAAAUUUUUCACAUUUACAGCCCAGAGACAAUUGCCUUCAGAAGCCAAGUUAACAAAGUGGAUUUUAACCUACUACACAUAGAAAUAUCUGCAUAGUUAAAUAUACAUAUACAUAUAUAUAUAUAUAUACAGAUAGUUUUGGAUUGGUGCUAGCAACUUGCGUGUACAUAGAUCUAGAUAAACAUUUACAACCUAGUGCGAUAAGAAGAAAUUUAACUAAUUUUAGAUCAAAUUUUUAUUGGUUAUUAAGUAGAAAAUUUUAUACAAACAAAAAAGAACUACAAAAGAGGCAAAAACAAAAGAAACCGGAAGAGCCAAGCAAAGCAAUAUUUAUAUAUAGAAAUUCUCUCAUCUGUAGGGUAUUUUAAACAUUUUGUACUAUACGCAUAUGAUGUGAUAGUGGAUGAGGAUUUUGUAGGGGUACGAUAAGGGAAUGUUUGUAUUUGAACAAUUUGAAAUGUAUGAAAAUUCCAUAUCUAUCGUUUUCUGUACUUGUUAUAAAACUAAAGCAGAAUAUUUCAUAAAAACUUGCAGCUUCAAUUUAGUGCCUUUAAAUGUUUAGGAUUCAGAUACAAACUACAUUAGAAAUUACUAAUAAAUUAUUUUCUUAUAGAGAAACCUACAAAAUACUGUUAAUUCUUACAUUUACAUUUUUUAAAACACCCUUUACAAUUAUAAGACGUUUUGGUGUAUUGACAAUAUUACAUUUAUUUAUAAUUUUCAUAUGCGUAAAACGCACAGUUAAUUCGAAGAAAUUACAGGAACUAUCUGUUAAAAAAUACUGUUUAAAUUGGUUAUUUUAUGUUCCAUCUUUUUUUUAUUUAGCCUAACUAUCUAUGUAUACACAGUAAGCUGCCUUAUAGCUACGGAACGCACUGCAUUCCCUGGCGAGCCCCAAAAGCAAUUUGCCUCAUACCAACUGUCAUCAUAGAUUUUAGCACACAUACACAUUCACACAAAAGCUAAAAAAAUUGUAUUA